AUGACUCCCGUUCCCACUGGUAUCGACGACUGCUGCGCGGGCGGCCUGUGGAAUGCGUCCUCCCGUCUAGCGGCCGUAGUCGACGACGGCGCCGCGUCGUCGUCCAUGUCCUCGUCGCCAUCGGCGUUCCCCAAGGCCCCCUUCAACGCGACCGUCGGCGACGUCGACCACCAGGACCCGCUCCUGGUCUAUCCGGGCGUUCCUUACCCGGACCUUACGCAGCUGCCAGGAGUGUGCAGCGCUUUCGUCCUCCUUUAUCUGAUAGUGAUGGUGCUAUCGCUGGUUGGCAACUCGAUGGUGUGUUACACGGUGCUAUCGGACCGUAAGAUGCACACGGCCGUCAACUACUACAUGGUGAACCUCGCGGCCUGUGACUUGGCCGUCGGCGCGUUCGUGCUCCCGGUCAAGCUGAUGGAACUGGCCGGUCCGGCCUCAUGGUCGCUGAUGACAGACUGGCUGUGCACGACUCUGCUCUACUCGCAAACUGUUGUGGUGUUCGCGUCCGUGCUGACGCUAGUCGCCACCUGCCUGGAGAGGUAUCUGGCCAUCGUGCAUCCUCUCGUAUCUCGAGCCCAGCAGAGCAAGGCCCGCGCCAAGCGUAUCUUGCUGGGAGUCUGGGCAGCCCCGUGUCUGCUGGCGUCGCCGUUCCUGCAGCCGGCGAGAGCAGAGUCCGACACUCUGUGGUCACAAUACGGCAGCAUCUCGAGGCGAAGCUGCCUCAUCACGCUCGAGCCAAGCUUUAGGAGGGGCUACUACACGAGCCUGUUCGUGCUGAUGUACCUGCUGCCACUGGCGUUCAUAGGCUGGACGUGCGCCCGCAUCGCUCGCUGUCUGCUCAAGGGCAUUGCUCUCACCAGGCAAGGAAGCCUGCGCCGACAGGAGGCCAAUCGCAGAAAGGUCGCCAAGAUGGUGAUGGUCGUGGCCGCGGCGUUCGCCCUGUCCUGGACGCCAUACUUCCUGGUGUCAAUGUGGACCCAGUUUGGCACCAACUACCUGGAGAAGCAGAACUACUUCUUUACCAUGCUCAGCAUCAACCUGCUUGCUUUCAUCAACUCUUGUGUCAACCCAUUCAUCUACGCGGCCAUGAGCAGGCGCUUCCGCGGCGGCUUCCGGCGCAUCUUGUAUCCGGUUGCCUGCAUCGGAAGCUGCCAGUCAGGAACCAGGUGGCCGCCCACCGCAAGGCCUGUGGUUCCCGCCUAUUCAUCGUCGUUCCGGCUUCGCCUCCAUCGGCUGGCGAACGGCACCAGCCUGUUGUCGACUGCGUCCAGUGGGUCGCAGAGCGACAGCCUGCCCCACUCGGCACUCCCGGGGGCUCACCCGCAGCAUCGAGUGGCGGCGGCGGCGGCGUUGAGGAACGCGAAGCAGGCUAGACUCGCCAGCAGCAGCGGCAACACGAGAGGUGCGGCCACCAUCAUGGAUACCGGACCUUUUUCCCUCGCGGCUGCCAUAUCUGCCAAGGAUGCCAAGGAUGCCAAGGACGACACUCUCCCCGAGCAGCAUCGCCGGGCCCUCAGCGACUCGGUGCUGACUCGACACAACGGCUGCUGUUCCGAGAACGGAAGCCUGCCCUCCGUUGCCAGGAGAGUGCCAGAUUUCGAACCGGGAGUGAUAUCCAAGCGACGAGGCAUCACCCAGUGA